AUGGGCCUUCUCGGUUCCGCAUUCGCCUUGCCAGCUCAAAAUUCCGGUACAAGCUGGGCCCCGUCCUCCACCUUUUCAGCAAUCCCGACUUCGGUAUCGGCAAACUACGCUAGUUAUACCCCCGCUCCAUCCGUACAGGCAGCCGAGUCAAAAUACCUCGCGGACUACUCCAGUUACCUCCAAGCCACUGGAACCGCACAGGCUAGCUUGUAUAAACAGCUGAACCCGGACCUUCAAGUCAUUCAGAGCGCCCAAGCUGAAGCCUGGUCCUCAUCCGUCCCCCAGGCCACCGGCCCUGCCAAGCGCGAUUGA